ACAAUCAAUAUCAUUAUUUGAUUGGAUAAAACAACAAGCACUUGUUCUCGCGAUAUUUGACGAGUGUACAUUCGGAUAAUUUCGGGUUUCUACAUUGUUCUUUGAAAGGUUUUAGAAAGUGAUAACUGAUUGAAAAUAAUUCAAAGUCCUACGAAAAUGCUGUUUCAAAGAUGUUGUCCAUCACGGGCUGUUCUUUGUGGCAAACUUUGGACUGUUCCACUAUUUGGAAGCCGAAAUGUGUCCAUCGUGUGCACAUCAGUCUCUGUUAGAGAUAAUGUUUGGCGAUUUAACUAUAGAGAAGGUGGCAAGUACAGACACAUUCUGCUAAGGACACCCUUUUCCGUGGAUUGUUUGCAAGCGUCCCAAAGAUCUGUCAGUCGUGGACAUGGAUAUAGUAACUUUGGUCACAAGUAUCGCCCACUGGACAACCAAAUGAAAUUUAUGGUGUUUUUGAUGUUCUUCUGGGUAGUGUUUUCUAUAGGGUUUAGUUGGGCUUUUACGGAAGUUGACGCCACUUCUGAGGGAGUGGAGGCUGACAAAGAACAGUCCUCUUUGGCAAGGGUCGAUGAAGAGAAGAAGGACAUGGUAGCCACUGCUGAUGAGGAGGAGAAUAAAGAGAAAAAAAAGAAGAAACGCAUCGGCUUCCAUGACAAAAGAAUGAUAGAGUAUGAGAACCGUAUCCGUGCCUACUCCACUCCAGACAAGAUAUUCAGAUACUUUGCCACAUUGAAAGUACAGAAUGAGAGUGGUGAAUGGGAGGUCUUUAUGACCCCAGAAGAUUUUGUUCGCUCCAUUACACCAGGAAUGCUGCAACCAGAAGGCCUUGGUUUGGACAAGUUUAAGAAGUUUGAUCCUCAGGAUAAUCUCAAUGAUCUGAAGGAUAAAAUAGAGCUGGAUCUAGAACCUGACAGCAUCUUUUACAAGCUUGGGGAAUGCGGAAUUAUUGGAUUCUCCGACUAUGUUUUCCUUCUUACUGUUCUCUCAACACCACCUCGUAACUUUGAGAUCGCUUUUCGCAUGUUUGACAUCAAUGGAGAUGGGGAUGUCGAUCAUUUGGAGUUUGCCAAGAUCAGCGACAUUCUACGCAACCAGACAAGUGUGGGAAAGCGUCACAGAGACCACAAGAAUAAUGUUGUCAAGGAGAUUGGCUCAGCACUGACCACAUACUUCUUUAGGGCAGAUAACUCCAAGAAGCUAACAGUGCAGCAGUUUAUCACCUUCCAGGAAGAGCUGCAGAGGGAGGUGUUGAGACUCGAGUUCCAGCGGUACGACCCUGAAGAUGGCAAGAUCACGGAGAAGGACUUCGCCUCCCUGCUCCUCACAUAUGCAGGCUUCCCAGAUAAGAAGAAGGCCCUGAUGAUCCGACGAGUGAAGAAGGCAUACAAGGAGGAGGAGAAUGCCAAGGGUAUAACAUUUCAAGAGUAUGAGAACUUCUGGAAGUUUCUUCAGAAUAUCACAGAUGUGGACACUGCCUUGAGCUUCUACCACCUGGCUGGGGUGUCCAUAGACCAGGAAACAUUGAAGCAUGUAUCCAACACAGUUGUCCAUGUUGCUUUGUCGGACCAUGUUGUGGAAGUAGUGUUCACUCUCUUCGAUGAAAAUGAGGAUGGUCAGCUGUCCAAUCGUGAGUUCGUGUCUGUGAUGAAGCGCCGUCUGAUGCGAGGACUCGAGAAACCCAAGGAUAUCGGCUUCACUAAGCUCAUCAACUCUGUCUGGACUUGCACUAAAUCUCAAACAAAGAGCUUCUUUGACUAAAAGCACAAAGAUAGUUAAGUGUUCUUUGUGAGGAGCCUCAAUAUGUAAGCCUGGUUUAAUGCAUGUACAUAAAGUUCUGUCCCACUUUAGCCUGUGUGGACUUCACUUUUCACCUCAACUGGAUUUUUUCUUAAAGGAUACUGUCAUGAAACCAAAAAUAUCACAAAAGCAAGAAGUUUUGUCCCAGAUUAGCCUUUGGGGAAUAGUACACAGGGGUGGUAUUACAGAAACAUCUUAAGUCAUUUCUUAAAUAUUUUCACUUAAGUUAAAAAUUACAAUGUUUUGUAUUUUUUACUCAAUAAAGACAUGCAUGUUUUUUUGGUAUUCCUCAAAUAACAUUGACAUAAUGAUGUUAUUUUGAUGUAAUUUUCGAUGCCUAACUAUUGCAGUAUGAAAUAAAACACUUAAGAAAAAUUCCCAAUUUAAGGAUAAAAAUAAAAUUUAUCUUAAGAUGCUUCUGGAAUACCACCCCUGGUUAAUCUUGGACAACACUUUACACUCAUGCAUUUAGCAUGGUUCACCCAGACAGAAGCUCAUUUCUUUGUAAGGUAUGGUCUGCAUUUACCAAAUCUAAAAUCAGGAGCUUUGUUUGAAUUUGAAACUUGUUAAAUCUUUACCUUUCUUUUUCAUGCGACACAGGUUGUUGUAUACAUUGAGCCCCCUUACUCAAUUUUAACCCUUUCAGUGCUGGAACCGAAUUUUGAAGGCCUUUGCAAACAGUUUGGAUCCAGAUGAGACGCCACAAAACGUGGCGUCUCAUCAGGAUCCAAAGUGUUUGCUAUUCUGAUGGUAUUUUUUGAAAAAAAAUGGAAGAAAAUGCUAAUUUUAGAAAUUCAGCAGACAACAUUUUAGCAGACGACAAAUUUCCCAGCAUUCAAAGGGUUAAACAAGGAGCAUCUGUUUACUUCUUUAUACUUUAUGAUUCUUUUUCAAACUAUUCAAAACUCAUGGUUUUCUUAAUGCACCUUGAAUCUCUGUGGCCUUUGUUACAGCCUCAUUUGAUAGAAUAGUUUAAAUGGCGUUUGAUAUAUAACAUGUUAAGUUGGAAACCCUCAUGUUAUAAAAAAGGCUACAAACACUUGAUAUGUACUGUCCCUAAAUUGACUCCCAUACAUGUAUAGCAAUUUUAAUUGUUAAAAUCCUUGUACAGAAGUAAUGAGGCUUGUUAUUAUUUUCUACUUCAGGAUUAAAUAUCCCACUAAAAGAUUGUUUUAUGUAAACACUUUAGUCCUACUUCAUCCUUCUUUGUGUGUGUUUCUUUGUUGUUGUUGUUGUUUAUGUUAAGUUUUGAACUACAAGCUAAAUUAUUAUAAGACCCUGAAAACAUGUUGUUAGUUGAGGGAAUAUUUUGAGUGAUACCAAGUGCAUUUUUUAUUACUUUGUGCUGUGAUAAUUGUUAAUGAUCUAGUGUAGUAAAUAUCUCUAUAGACAGUAGGAGGUUUUUCUUGUUGUUUGGUUUGGAUUGUAUUUAUGAGAAUGACUUACUGCAAAACCUGAAGACUUUCAAUGUCACAAUAGCACAAACAAUUGUUUAUUUAUAGAUUGAUACAUAUAUUAUGGUAACCAAACAUCUAUAAACACCAAGGUGAAUAGAAACUGCAUAAUUUAAUUGCUAAGAUUGUGUACAUUUUGUAAAUAAAUGUAAAUUUCCCCUGCACAUUCCUUUUGUGAACAAUUUUUCUUUGCUCCCUGUGAAAUUCUAAGUGACUUAUUUCUGCAGUUGAGUUUGGUAAUUUUAAAUAUUUUGUCAUUGAGACUUUUUGUGAUAGUAUUUCAUCAUUUAUUGUAAUGCGAAAAUGGGUCUUAUACCUCAUGCAGCCAGCGUAGCUGAAGACCAGCCUGCACAUUCACACAGUCUGUCCAUGCACUACCCUGUCUGCUAUUAAGUCAAGCAACAUUUUCGGGUCUCAUUACAGACAGGGUAGCUACUUACCAGACUGCGCAACUUUUUGCAGUCUGGUUUUGAGCUGUAUAUUUUGGUGUAUGAAGUACAAUUAUAAAUUGAUUGGCAUGUGUUACAUAUUAUAUAAUAUUAUAAAAUAUACAUUUUUAGUAGAUAGUUCAUAAAACUUAUUUUAUAAGUAAAUGGGCAUUAUGGUUAUUUUUUAAUAUUCUGUCUAAUUCAUUUUAUUGCAUGGGACAUUUCAAAAGAUGUGUUGGUAGUGAAUAAUCAACCUCUUAUGAAUAUAUCGCCCAAAUGGUGCAAAAAAGUACCAUUUGCCAUUUAAUUUCAAUGUCACAUGGUACCUUUUUGAUUCAAGGGGGCGAUAUUGAUUUUAAAGUAUACCCAUCAUAACUGUUUGUCAGGAAAAAUGAAAGCAAAGAAAGCAUAAACUCUGGUCAGUCCAAAUAGACACAGUACACACAAUUAUAUUCACAUUUGUAAUGAUUUAGUGUUUCUUUAUUUUAUUUAUGUAUUUUAUUUAAUAUUAUUCUAAUAAACCUUUCCAUAUCUUAA